AAUCAUUCCUACUUCACACUUCCAUCGAGGAUCAUCUCACAAUAAUAUCACAAUAAUAUCUAGAAAUGAAAUCGUUCUUGGUCUUGUCAGCUCUCGUGGCGAUCGCUUGCGGUGCGCCCCAAUUCAAUUACCCCCAACAACAGUAUCAGCCACAGAUCAUCCCUAUUCUGAGACAGUCCCAAGAACUCAACCCAGAUGGCUCCUACCAAUGGAGUUAUGAAACUGGAAAUGGAAUCGCGGCUCAAGAACAAGGCUACCUGAAGAACCCUGGUAUCAAAGAUGCCGAAGCGCAGGUCGCUCAGGGUUCCUUCUCCUACACCUCACCCGAGGGUGUCCCCAUCUCUUUGAACUACAUCGCUGAUGAGAACGGUUUCCGUGCUGAAGGAGCUCACUUACCAACACCACCCCCAAUCCCAGAGGCCAUCGCCCGCGCUCUCCAGUACAUUCAGUCUCAACCCCAACAACCUCAACAAAUUUUCCAAGCACAGCCAUUCAGAGGUUAAUCGCUUGAUUACACGGCCAUAACGAAACGAUUACUAGUUUAAACAUAACUGUGAUGUAUUUUAUAAUAUAAGUGUACAAGAUUUAAAAAAUAAAGAUUCUAUUUAAA